AUUCUGAAAAACGAUUUAACUUUAACAUACAUGUUACCUCAUUUUUCUGCAGCGUUCUUCUUGAAAAUGGCACGGUUUUUCCUUUUUUUGGCGUUUGUGGAAGUUAAUUCUAUUAUUUCACCUCCUAAUGAAAUUAUCGAAACAUCUGUGGAAGUAUUCAAUCAGUGGAAAGAAACUAGAAAUGCGUUUAUGGAUUCAAUGGAGUACCCAAUGGGCUUUCCAAACUUCAAUUGUCCCCAACCUCAUCGAAAAUCUUCCGAAUCUGUACAUCAGCUUCAUCCAUCACAAAUUGGAGUGAUAGCAGCACUAGGCGAUUCUGUGUCAGUUGCACAAGCGGCGAAAUCAUCGUCAAUUCUCGAUUUAUUUGAUCAGUUUCCUGGUGUUUCGUUUGUAACAGGAGAUGAUGUAAAGCUGAAUGAGCAAGCCACCUUUAUUAAUAUUUUCCGUAAAUUUGCACCGCGAAUAAAAGGAGGAUCCUCUGAUUUUGUUCAAAAGUUUUACGACUUUAACAUGGCGAUUCCUGGCUCAUUCAGCUCGGAGCUUCCCGAACAAGCGCUCAAAUUAGCAAGUACAUUGAAGAAAAAGCUGGGUAGAGAAACAUCUGAUACAUGGAAAUUCGUUAAUAUUUUCAUCGGUCAUAAUGACUUGUGUAACAUUUGCAAUAAUGAGACUACCUUCGGGCCUGAAACAUUUGGAAAGUCACUUCACUCGGCACUUACAAUAAUUCAAACAAAUGUUCCAAAGGUAUUCGUUAACAUAAUGCCACCAAUAAAUGUCAAAAUUCACUCACAAGCUCACAAGUUGAGUAAGUUCUGCGAGUUUUCACAUAGAAAAACAUGCUCGUGUAUUUUUGAAUUAAAUGAAAAAGAAUAUCAAAACAUCAAGAAACAAUUCGAUGAACAAUUGAAUGAAGUUGUAGAACAAUUCAAUCAAAAAUAUGGAAAUUCAUCUACAUUUGCUGUUGUGAUUGCUCCAGCCAUGGAUCUAAAAUCAAUUCCGUUACUUAAAAACCAGCCGAAUAUUGGACUAUUGGCACUCGAUUGCUUCCAUCUUUCUCCAAUUGCUCAUGAUAUUGCUGCGAAACAAAUUUGGAAAGGAUUGUUCGAACCAAUUGAUCAAAAAACAAUCACUAAUCAAUUAUCAGUUGGAUUCGAUAGAUUCGUGUGUCCUCCUGUUGAAUGUCCGUACCUAAGAACGAUUCAAAACUCUGAAAACUGUGAGCCAUCAAGAGAAAUGAGAUUUCUCCGAGUUCCUUCAGCUUUUGCAAGCUCUCCUGGUUUAAGCAUGCCUCCAUACAUGAUUCCUGUAUUUUUCCUUUUUGGUACCGCUCUAAUACUCCUAUUUGUUCGUGCUUCCAUCCGCAGUUCUACGACGUCUUCCGAGUUUUCCGAUGAACGACAUCAUCUACUUCUUCCGCUGCGUGCCGACCUCAAUGACAACAUUUUCUAAAUGGUUUCUAAAAUGUACUCAUGCCACUUGAUGAGACAGUUGCGUGAACGAUGAGAACGUCUAGAUUUCCACUUUUUAUAACAACUACCAGCACCCUUCUUACUCUUCCUAAUGAUGUCACACCUAUGCGGGUUUUAUUUCGAAUGGCGUAAUGCAUUCUAUCUCACUACAUCCAUUAAUGUUGCCUACUGUAUUUAUUGUUUUGUGUAGACUACAUAUCAGUCCCUAGUGUAGUAUCAUAAUGAAAUGGCAAAGAGGAAAUAAAUGGAAGUGUGUCUGUAUGUA